AUGGCCCAUAGUAGGAGGAGAACCCUAGCCAUUGCUCUCACCAUCUAUGUCAUGUGGUUUUUCCCCACUGAUUGUGAACGAUGCAUGGCUGUUUGCCAAGUUAUAGAAUUAUAUCACCAAUAUUUCAUCCAAGGACCUAUACUUGAUGCAAAAAGAAUCCUCCUUCAAUUGAUACAACAAGGUUCUUCGAUGUGCAACACUUGGAUUCAUCAGAGCUUCUUACUCAAUGGAACUCUGGGAAUUCAGAUGAUCUUAUUGUUUGUUGCAGCAUUGGACAUCCACACCAUUAGGCCACUGCCGCCAAGCACAUUCAACAAGGUGUCCAACCUGAGACUUGUUUGCAAUAUAAACAGAGUAUUAAAUCCUAUUGCUAGUGAGCAAGAAAAUGCGAAGAUGUGGUCACGAUGA